AUUACCAAACCAAAGAUCGCAGUGGACUUGAUGUUUGUGGCUUUCUGGUGAUUGGAGCUAAGGGAAUACUUAGUGUAGGUCUUAGGGGAGUCGCAAGAUGAAUUUAGGGGGUUUGACGUAAUCACCCAUUAGGGUGGAGUCAGAGACAUCUGAACACUGAAAAUAUGAUCACUUUACCUUCUCUGGUUCUUUUACUAGCCGGAUUAUGUCAAGCACAGGCCAAACUUGAAGCUUCAACCGAUGAGGUUUUUUUACAACCAGGGGAAUCAAAAACUGUCACUCUGAUAUCCAACUGCAGUGGUUGGAGCAGUGUGUUCCUACGUACCAAGCUACAUCACAUUGCUACUGUAGCUCCAGCCAGACAAGACGUAGGACCCACACACCCCUGGUGGGAGGUAUCCAACUGCAGUGGUUGGAGCAGUGUGUUCCUACGUACCAAGCUACAUCAUAUUGCUACUGUAGCUCCAGCCAGACAAGACGUAGGACCCACACACCCCUGUUGUCUGUCUAGAUCCAACUGCAGUGGUUGGAGCAGUGUGUUCCUACGUACCAAGCUACAUCAUAUUGCUACUGUAGCUCCAGCCAGACAAGACGUAGGACCCACACACCCCUGGUGGGAGGUGCAGAUUACAGGACAUGAGCUGGGCUACACACACAUCAUAGCUGCCAUCAACCAGUCUCGCUCCUUCAGUUUUGAAGAAGGUCUGAUACACAUCACUGUCCUCAAGAAGUAUUGGCUACAGACUCUCAGUCUAGUUUGUGGUUGGAUCUAUUUUUCUGCGUGGACAUUCUCCUUCUAUCCGCAGCUGCUUACCAAUAUCCGUAGAAAAAGUGUUGUGGGUUUGAACUUUGACUUCCUCGGACUCAACGAGCUUGGCUACGUCUGCUACUCCAUCUUCAACUGCUGCCUCUACUUCGUACCAUCCAUCCAGGACGAGUAUUUCAAGAGACACCCUGGAGCAACCAACCCAGUCUUCUUCAACGAUGUUUUAUUUUCAGUUCAUGGACUACUUGCGACCACAGUCAUGAUUAUGCAAUGCUUUGUCUACAAGAGAGGAGGACAGACAGUGUCACAAACAGCUGUUGCACUGUUGUCUGUUGGUAUCUGUGCGUUGGGUGGACUGCUACUGCUCGCCUCGCAACACUGCAUCUCAUGGCUCGAUGCUGUCGUUUGGAUAUCCUUCAUCAAGCUCAUGGUUACCAUGACCAAGUACAUACCACAGGCCCUGAUGCAUUUCAGACACAAGACGACGGAAGGCUGGAGUAUUGAAUGUAUUCUGUGUGAUUUGACCGGAAGCUGCUUCAGUUUGUUCCAGAUGCUAAUCAACGCAUACAACUGUGACGACUGGGUGUCAAUUCUUGGGGACCCCACCAAGUUUGGACUUGGGCUAUUUUCCAUCGGCUUUGACAUGCUUUUUAUAGUACAACACUUUGUAUUAUACAGGAUCAAGCCAGAAAAAGAUGCAAAGGAAAAGGAAACACCAAAGAGCAUCUUUAUAAUAUUCAAAGAGUCGAUUCUACCAAAUAUUUCCAAGAGAAACAAAAACUGAAAUAUUUUAUUACAUGUACACAUUUGAAACAGUUAACUGUGGUGUGUAUGUGUGUAGUUUUUUAGUAUCAUUGAUUCUUAAAACCACUCUGAAUCAUGUUAUUAGCAUAACUGUACAUUAUUUGCAAAUAAAUAUAAAACAAAAAGAACAA